AUGCGGAAAAAAUGGCAUCUGCUUUAUGCUACGGAUUUCCAAUCUUUAAUGUAUCCCUGUUUUAGUUUUUGUCGUAUUCUCGGAAUAUUUCCGUAUAAGAUCAACAUUUUGACCUUCGAGAUAUCAAAACCGUAUUACAUUCUAUCAACUGCGAUUAUUUGUAUCUGUUGCAUUUUGAGUAUGGCAGUCAUUUACGACAUUGCCGUUACUAAAAUGAAGAACUUUGAAGAUGUAAUACAAAACUUAGAGGCUGUCGGUUACUUCACGAUUAGCAGUUUCGUUAUAAGCAUCACGCAUGUCUUGAGCGGCCCACGAAUGCGCUUGCUACAAACCAUUUUAGAAAUCUCUUCGAAAUUACCUUCGGAGUCAUAUCAGAAAUUAUCCAGAUUGAUUCACGUCAAAGACAUCUUGGGUAACAUUUUGAUAAUAGUGCAAGGAUUAAUAUUUUUUUCUAAAAUACAGAUAUUUGAGUCGACCUAUUUACAAAUACUGAUCGGAAUAUUCACAAUGUACUUGGAAUUGAUAAAGUUCCAAAUGGACAUGUUAUAUAUAAACUGUGUUUGUGUACUAAAAUCUUGUUUCAAAAGGAUCAAUGACAAUCUGACGUACAUGCAAAAACUUUUAAUGAAAGAUAUAAAGCCACAUGUCUCUAAACUGAUCUGGCAGAGAAAUCAAUUUUUACUAAUAGAACUAAAGACUCUUCAAAAACAGCAUUUAACAGUCAGUAAAACAUUACAAAUGAUGAACACAACAUUCAGCCUGCAACUUCUUGCUACUAUAGUUAUGACUGUUAUUGAAACCACUGUUGAACUGUACUCCUACAUAGUGCGCUGGAAAGAUGGAGUAUUCAUUACCUUAGAUUGGCAGUUACUUGAUGUACUUUUAUUAUCCAUGAUACGUUAUAUUAUAAAAAUAACACUACUUGUAUGGGUUUGCGAAACCGGAAAAAAUCAAGCUCAAGAAAUCAAAACUGUUAUUCACGAUGUACUUAAUAGCACCAGUAAUAAACAUAUUAAAAAUGAGUUGCAGUUGUUUUCUUUACAAAUUUUACAUCGCAAAAAUACAUUUUCGACGAAAGGUCUUACUGUGGAUGCAUCGCUUCUUACGGCAAUUGUAGGCGCCAUCACAACAUAUAUGUUAAUUAUUAUACAAUUUUUGAUCAUGUCACAUUCCUGUUGUCAAUAA